AUGGCUCUCACCGGCUCGCACCUGCUGCCUCUCUUGGUGGUCCUGGGCUCGACUAUCGCUCAAGUCUGCACUCAACGUUUCAGAGGUGGCAGUAUGUGGCCAGAGAUGCCUGGUCUCGGUCCGAAAUGUGUGGCCGCUUUGAACAGCCCCGUCGCAUGUCCAGAAUUCCUUGUUGACUGGUCUGUCCCAGGAGCGACCCCUUCUUUCGAUCAUCUCAAUGUCCUCUGCACAAAUGAGUGCCUAGACUCACUCAAGUCCGCACAGAAGCACAUCGAGGAGAGCUGUACCGCCGACACGGAGGUGAUCUUGUCCGAAGGCACUACGUACCCAGCCAUCUGGGUCGUGGAUCGCUACCUCUACAUAUUCUCAACAGCCUGCCUCAAAUCUUUCUCCGGGCAGUUCUGUCACUCGAAGAGCGCUGCUACAACCACACCAACCGGCUCACCGGAAGAAGUCGAGUGCUCCUCAUGCGCGCUCGGUUCGAUGAGCUUGCAACUCAGCUCGCCUUUCGGCUUCUCGAAUGCCAGUGCCGAGGCCUUCGAGACACUACUUACUCGCUGUGGAGUGAGCAAUUACACCUUCGACCCUCCUCGCCAGUAUGCCCUCGACCUUCCAGCCAAGACCAACAUGAAGGCGACUGCCAGUCCAGUGAAGCAGUGCACGGCACUAUACACUAUCCAAGAAGGCGACACUUGCAAUUCCAUCGCGUUCGCGCACGACGUCUCGACCGUGAAUCUCAUCAAUGCCAACAAUCUCGACUACACUUGCACCUUGCUGCACUUCAGAAAGUCAUUGUGCAUUCCCGAGACGUGCGAUGUGUACAAGGCGUAG